GCAACUUUUGAGCAAAUUUAUAGGAUAUAAAUUACAGUUAAUGAUAAAACCAUUAGCUCUUAAGAGCAUUCAACAAACGUUUGACAAAUGCUAACAAUACAAGGGGUACAAAGGUCAUGCACAGCUAUAUAUUGUCCAAUCACAGCUUGUUAUUUCCUCCUGUCAAUCAAACUGUGUUAAGCAGGAUGCUUCGGUUCAGUGAUUCACUGUUAAACUCUCCUUCUGCAUGAAGCUUGCGGAACAAUUGAUUCUAGGACAAAAAGUUACAUUUCUUUGCUGUUUUUCUACACGCUUGUUCAGAUCACUUUGUCUCGAAGUCAUCGACUGUCUCAACUGUUUUGGUGUCUAAAAUUCAAACCAUGCCAUCGACUAGAGCGAAACGAAGUGGCGGUCAUUCGGCUACACGUGGACGGCCACCAAAGCGAAGAAACAAUCGAAACACAGCUCCCAAUGCGGGAGAUAUUCAGACKCAAACGAACCAGAACGAUCACCAACAACAAGACCAGCAACUCGAGACAAUUAACCGCGAAGAGGGGACGGGAAAUAAUUUCUCAGAAGAACAACUCGUGACGAUCAGGGACAUGAUCAAAAACACAGUCGCCGAGUCAUGUCGCGACAUCGCCACCGAAGYAGCCCAAGCMGCUAUAAACGCCAUGCAACACACUGAAAACACGGCAUUUACUCCUCCCAACCAUGACAACAGCACACCUACAUGUACACUCACUAGCANUCAAUAUCUAAGUCUUAUUAGAUAUGCCGCUCGAGUACACACAGGGUUGGGUUGGGCGAUCUAUGAUCAUAAAUUCCGCCAGAAGGCAGGCUUAGAUAAAUCACUUGUAUGGUCUAAGAUUGAUCAGCACUUAUGGCUGACUAUUUUUACUGUAUCACCUGCGGCACUCAACGAAGAGUUUCCGCUUUUCAAACAUGGACCCCAAAGCAAUGUCUCAAAGGGGGGCGUUAGAGGCAUUUGCCACCAAUUCAACAGAAUUGGACAGUGCACUAGAGAUAACUGCGAAUACCAACACAUUUGUAACCGAUGUAAGGGAAAACACCCAGGGCGGGAUUGCAGCUCCAUUAGCUAUAACAGGAGUCCAGACAAGGGAGGAUAUACCAGGGAUAAGGCAGAUGGGGGAUCUAGCUACUCUAAAUCAAGUGGCUCCUCCAGCCGCCAUAAGUAAGGAAGCCAUUUGUUCACUCCCCACCCCUGUUGAUGUAGAUAGGCUCGAGGAGGCUUUAGCUGAUCAUCCAGAU